CCCCCCCCACUUUUCUUACGCUAUCAUGGAAACCACUGGCCCCCUCAUCCACGUGGACUUCCCUGAUGUGGCCAGCUCCCUCCUGGAAAGCCUCAACCAGCAGCGUAUGGAAGGCAAGCUCUGUGAUGUCUCUGUCCAUGCGCAAGGCCGUGUCUUUCGUGCCCACCGCGCAGUACUGGCUGCCUCUUCCCCGUACUUUCAUGACCAGGUGCUGCUUAAGGGAAUGAGCUGUGUGGUUCUGCCUAAUGUAGUAGACCCAGGGGCCUUUGAAGCCGUGUUGUGUGCUGCCUACACGGGUCGCCUGACCAUGCUGGCCGAUGAAAUAGUCAAUUACCUGACGGUGGGCAGCGUCCUCCAGAUGUGGCAUGUUGUGGAUAAGUGCUCUGAGCUGUUGAAGGAGGCUCGAGCGAACAGCGGCUCCGGUAGCGUAGAAGGAUCUGGAAGCGGUAGUAAUGUUCCAACACCACAGAGACCUCAUUCUGGAAGAGCCAGCGAGAACCAGUCUCCCAGUAGCAGCAACUACUUUAGCCCGCGGGAGGCACCUCCUGAAUCUUGUGCGGAGAGGAGUAGAAGAAGAAGCGAUGUAGCAAGUGAAACUGCAGAGGAAGCCGGAGUCGAGGAAGACCAAGGAGGAGGAGAGGCUUCUGUUGCAAGCUGCUCCAGUUACCGAAGGCCCAGCAUUGUGCCACAAAGGCAUUGGGUGUAUGUGAAGAAGGAACGGCCCCACCCAGGCCUGGUGUUAACAUGUGAAGGUGAGGAGGAAGAAGAUGAAGAAGAACUUGAGGAGGACGAAGAGGAAGAACACUUGAGUAUAAGUGACGUCCGCACUCUCAAUGCUCCAGAAGAGCAGGUGAACUUCUGUGAGCCUUCAGAUGGCAUGCCUUAUGAGGAAGGAACUGCUGGAAGUUACCCACAAGGUCCUCCACUUCUGCCUCUGGACAUGCAAGGAAACCAGUUGAUGGUCUUACCUUCUGGGCAUGGAGCAGCUGGGCAAGGAGGCACAGGGACAGCCCAAGGGGAAGGCGGAAAGAUAUUUCUGUGCCACUGCGGGAAAGCCUUCUCACACAAGAGCAUGCGUGACCGCCACGUCAAUAUGCACCUCAACCUGCGGCCCUUCGACUGCCCUGUCUGCGGAAAGAAGUUCAAGAUGAAACACCACCUUACGGAACACAUGAAAACGCACACAGGCGUAAAACCGUACGAGUGCGAAGUGUGCGCCAAGAAGUUCAUGUGGAGAGACAGUUUCAUGAGGCAUCGCGGGCACUGCGAAAGGAGGCACAGGGCGGUGGCAGGAGGGGGAGGAACUCCGCAAGGAAUUACUGAAGCCCCAUCUGUGUAACACAGGCAAGGGGGCAGAGUGUGGAGGCAGAAGGGUGGCAAGAGGUACGGACUAGUUUGGAGUAGUUGAACAUGAGGGCCAAAAUGGGAGGUACAGUCUGGAGAACAGGAUAGGGGUGCAGAAAGUGUGAGACACAGAAGACUGCUUCUACUGGCUAAAAUGGUAAAUGCAGUUGUAUAGUAGUACUUGAAGACUGGAUCGGAAAAAAAACACGCCACCUUCACUUAAUUUCAGUAUAAUGUUCCCUCCGCUAACUUCCAGGUGCCCUCCUGCAAUGGCCCUAAAUCUGUAUUCUUGGUAGACUCCAAAUUUUUCAUAUGUUAAAGGUGAAGAUUAUGUCUAAGCUCCGGAGCUCACAUACUACCAACUCUGUGGUGUUCAUUUUUCUACUCUAGCUAAAGGUCUGUGUUUUCCAGAUCAAAUUUUCUGGGAAACCCUGAAUUUGAACCCAUAAAAUGAUGGCUGCGCAUUUCCUGGUUCUAGGCAUCCAACCUACGUGGCUUUCGCAGAGUAAUGCCGCGUACACACAGUCGGAAAUUCAUGUUCGAUGUGAGAUUGUUGUCGGAAAAUU